AUAGGUAAUAUUGAAUUUUAUUUCGAACCCGUAACUAAAUAACUAUAAUGUGCAAUGUGGUCGGACGAAUAGUUGUUUUAAAUCUGUUGUUUAUUUGACUAGAUGUUCAAAAUGGAUAGGAUAUGCGACUUUAGGAAAAAUGUACAACCUUUUCAAUUAAAAGUAAAAAAAAAAUUCUACCUAUAUUAUACAUUAUUUAAAGUCACAUUUUAUAAUUCGUUAAUUAUUAUUAUUAGUAGUUGUAGUUUAGUAGUAGGUAGCAUGGUAAUAUUAUUAUCGUAUGGUGCGGCGGUAAAAAAAAAUAUCGCACACGAAAACAUUAUGCGUGCAUUAAUUAAUCAUGUUAUAUUAUUUUACUAGGUUAUACAUUGUAUAAAAGUAAAAUUUAACAAUAAAAAAAAAAAAAAAUACCAACAAAAAAACAUUAAAAGUCUUGGUAAAGAGCAUGCGCACAGGUGCGCGACGAUUCGGAACAACUAUACGCAGUCGUGUAAGGUACCUGUUGCCGAUGGUACAGGUAGGCAGUAAGACUCUGCUCAUUGUGCAGUAAUCACUCGCUGAAAUGCGGUUCGCGCGGUGUCUGCGUGUGCCUACUACAACACAAUAUCAGAGCGGACCGCCGUCUAGACUCGACGCCGUCGACAGAUUACGUUGUUUACCGAGACAAAGAUAUGCAAGUAGUUCCAUCGACUUAACAUCUUUCCAGGACUCCACCCAUGGGCAUGACUUCAAUCAAGGUCAUAGUCGAGUAGUCAUGACCAGAAAAACGGAACGGAGGAUAUUUGUCGCCCCUUCAAAAUUGGGACAGAAACCCAAAUUUGAAACCCUCACCAAAGAAACCGUGCAGACGUUUCGGGGUAACAAAACAGAAAGGAAAGUGACUUCUGAAACGAAAAACAUAGAAGAAACAAUUGAUAGCAAAUUGGAUGGAUCUGACGACUUCCUCUCAUCGUUGUCGCCGUCAACUUCGUCACCAGAAUUAAAAACGUCUUACAAACAAAGAUGUACAGCUAUAAAAUCGCAGAAAAAAAUUAUUAUAGACAACAAGACAUUUAUACAAGAAUGUUUGGAUGCACACAAUCAAUACAGAAAAAAACACACGGUUCCUCCGAUGAUCCUGAGUAAGAAACUUUGUAAAUAUGCAGAAGAAUGGGCGAACUAUUUGAGCGGCAAAGGUCUCCUGGAGCACAGACCAUCGUCUUCGUAUGGUGAGAACCUGUUUUGUUCUUGGACGUCGCUGCCCAACCACAGGAUCGAAGGAAGGGAACCGGUGGACAGCUGGUACGAGGAAAUCAAAUUUCACCCUUUUGGCCGCGAACCCACUACCCUGAAAUCAGGUCAUUUUUCACAGGUGGUUUGGGCGACCAGCAAAGAAAUGGGAGUCGGCGUAGCGUCCAACCGUUCCGGACAAAUAUUCGUGGUCGCCUGUUACGAUCCCGCCGGAAAUUUUCUCGGCCAGUUUAGAGAAAACGUUCCACCUGUCGGUGGUUUUAAAGACGCGCCGCUCAGUCCUCAUCUCGUACAGCUCUCGUACACGGACGAACAGUUGUAUAAAGACAGUUUAAAGCUACAUAAUGACUACCGGCUGAAACAUGGUUCCGGUCCACUGACUUUGAACAAAAUGUUGUGUCGUAACGCGCUGACCUGGGCAAAAACAUUAGCCAAAGAUGACAAAUUCGUCCAUCAGCCAGAUAAUCCUUUUGGCGAGAACUUGUUCAGCAUUUGGUCGUCGAACCAGGUGACGGCAAGAGACGCGAUAUGCAACUGGUACAAAGCGGGAAAAGAUUACGAUUACUCGAGAGAACCGAGAAUUAUAAAAUCAGGACAAUUCACUCAACUCGUGUGGAAAGGCUCACAUUCCAUGGGUAUAGCGAUGGUGAAAGGCAAGUCUGGAAGAAUUGUGAUCGUCGCAAAUUAUAAUCCGCCAGGCAACAUAAUGGGACAGUUUAUGGAUAACGUUCUUAAGCCAAAUUAGACCAUUUACGUUGUCCUGCAGGCACAUUAGUCAUAAACUUACAUUCCUUUUUAUAUUUAAACAUCUAGUUAAAUAUUUAUUUUCAUUAUUUUUUUGUUACUCGUAAUCAUUAUUAUGUUUACUAAUUUCAAAAGUAUUAUUAUUGUCUUUCAUAUUAUUAGAAAAAUAUAAUAUUAAUUAUGUACAUGUAUAUAAUAGGCAUAUAUAUUAUUAUAUAUUUACAUGCAAAUAUUAUGCCUACUAAAUUAUAUUAGCAUUGUAUACUAAAUUAUUGCAUAAUGUAAUGUGAAAAUUAUAAUGUAUUAGAUGAUAGUUUAUAGGCGAAUCAAAAUGUUCAAAUAAAUAAUAUACAAUUAUUUUUGCCAAACUAAGUUUAUAACAUUCAAGAAUAUUAUUUUAAUAUAUUUAUAUUAUUGAUCAAUAUAUUUCAAGAUUUGCAAUGCAGUCAUAUUAUAUUGAUCAUGCCUGCUUUCUUUCUUUAAUAAGACUUCAAUAUUCUUUCCUUUGUAUAAGAUAUAAAUCGUUAUAAUAUUAUCACGAUAUAAUUGGCGGAAGAAUUUCGUAGAAGUCUUCUUAAAUCUCAGAUCAAAAAUAAAUGUAGUUUGAUGAGGUCAUAAAAUAUAUUUUAGAAAAUUCAAUGAAAAUAUUAGCAUAUAUAUUAAGUGUAUGUCAGUUAGUGAGUUCUAUAUAAUAAAUUUAAUACAUAUAGAUAAUACUCAAGUAUAUGCAAUUGAAAUUAUUGAUAUUUUAUUGAAAAAAAAAAUAAUUUAAAUUUAGUACUCAGCACAGUAGAAACUCUUUUUUAGUAAGUAAUAAACUGAAAUAGGAAAAUAAAUGUUGACAUUUGUUUAUGUUAUUAGUAAAUUAAAUAUGUAAUAUGGUAGGUACCAAUUGUUAUACGUUCCAUCGGUAGAUACCUAAAAUUUAUGUUGAUUAAGUUGCCUAUCUACCACCUUGUAAAUGUAUAUUUUAUCAUAUUAUAAAACAUUUUGUUUUUGAACUCGUUUACACUCAUGAAACGAAAUUAACUUUCGAAAAUAGUGCUAAUAGGAAUCAAAG